AUGACUCCUCCCAGUGCUCCCCAAGAACCGUUCCCACUCACAACCGAGUUCUGCGACGUUGUGUGCGGAUUUGGUCGAGGUUCUGCAGAACUGGGGAUCCCCACGGCGAACAUUCCUAUCGAUCAACUGCCCCAGUCGUUCGAUAGUCUUGCUCUGGGCAUAUACUUCGGAUUUGCCAGAUUGCAAGCUUCCCGAGCCACUGAAACCCGCAAUUCACACCGUCCGGACGGCUCCAGGGUGCAUUUCAACUACGGACAACGUCUAGCCGGUGGAGACCUUGACGUCUUGCCCGUCGUGCUGUCCAUUGGACUCAACCCGUUCUACCACAACAAGGCCAAGACUGUCGAGUUGCAUCUGGUUCACAAGUUUGCACACGACUUUUACGGUGCCCAGGUCAAGUUCCGCAUCUUGGGCUACAUCAGACCUGAACUGGACUACACUACUCGUGAAGCCCUCAUCGCUGAUAUCCACAACGACAUCGCCGUUGCCCAACGAGCACUUGCACUUCCAGGAUACAUUCGACACCGCGACCUUUAG